GGUGUGUGUAUGAAUCCGGGGGCGUAGGGACCCGGCGGCAGGGAGGACCACAGACAGCGCUCGGCUGCAGCAGGAGGAACUAGUGAGGGCGUGCUAUUGCUAUCUGGCGUUUGCAGCGGGCAGAGGGGGGCCAUAUUAGAUAAAAAUAAAUAACUGUCCGUGGAUAUUUAAGUAUUUUAUUUUAAUUUUGUAACGCCGGCAACUUAGCUAUGCCCAGCAAAAAGAAGAAAUAUAACGCCAGAUUCCCUCCGGCACGGAUUAAGAAGAUUAUGCAGACGGAUGAGGAAAUCGGCAAAGUGGCUGCAGCUGUACCAGUUAUCAUUUCAAGGGCUCUGGAGCUUUUCCUGGAGUCGCUGCUCACAAAAGCAUGUCACGUCACUCAGUCCAGGAAUGCCAAAACCAUGACAACAUCUCAUCUGAAACAGUGUAUCGAGCUCGAGCAGCAGUUUGAUUUCCUCAAAGACCUGGUGGCCACAGUGCCGGACAUGCAGGGAGAAGGAGAGGACAACCACACAGAGGGAGGGGGUGAGAAGAUCCCAAAGAGGGGUCGAAAACCUGGCACUGGACGCAAGAACGGAGGAGCAGGAGCCAAAGGCAAAGACAAGAAGUUAUCAGGCACCGAGUCAGAACAGGAGGAAGAGUCUGAGGACAGUGAGACAGAUGGAGAUGAGGAAGACGGCUCUCAGUCCAGCACAAACCAGCAGCCGGCUGCCAGGUUUCACAGCCCUCAUGAAGCGGGGGUAGUCCACAACAUGGGACCAGAGUAUCCCGUCCACUACCCGCCCCGCCCCCCGAUGUUCCACGAGCCGCCUCCCCUCCCCCCUGUACCACACGCUGCUGACGACGAUGAUGAAGACUACGACUCCUAGCUCCGCCUCCCUCCUCACAUACACAUGCAGUCUCCAUUUUGGAUUUGGUCCAGGAGAGGAGGGGAAAAAAAACUUUACACAUAUUACCAUGCCGAGAAGACCCCAAUCUGGUUGUACAUUCUGUGUUUUAAUUUUUAAUGGCUUUUAUUUUAUUGUGGAGGAGAAUCCAAGCAAGAUGUUUUUUAGCUACUUUGACUACCGAGACACUGGUCACUGUUUUUGGCCCUGCAGAGAGGAUAAAUGUGGCUUAUAUCUUCUUUUUUUUCUUCCUUCUUUUGGCAGUUUUUGUAGUCCUCAGACAUGCAUAGUUGUCCUCAGUGAAUACCCACGUGCCGCCCAAAUAGAUAAAAUAAAGAUCUUUCAUAGCCAUGGUCCCCAUAGGAAGAGGCUGAGGUGCACUCUUCUAAAGUGUCCCCGCGGAACAAAUGUGAGCUGUACUUCCCGGCUUUGUCUCGACCUGCCAAGUCAUGCUGUUAAUGUAAACAAGGAAGCAGGUGUAUUUUGCCAAGCUGUCUGAGAUUCAGGUUGUACAGUGACCAUAAGGAUAAGUCACAUAAGCAAAGUGCAAUAUGUAGAAUAAAGAGAAAUGGAGGGAUUUUGAGAAAUUAACAAUAUAAAAGAUCUAAAAUUAAAAGAAAAUUACUAAAAUGCAAAAGCAAAUUCCAAAAUGUAAAAAUAAUUUGUUGAUGCUAACAAAAAUAUAUCUUAAACUAUAUGAAAUAUAACUAUAAAAAAAUCUUAAAACAUUAGCGAAAAAAACAAAUCAAUUGGGUCUAAAAAUAAAGUGGCAAAUUGUCACACUAGGAAGCAAAACCUCAAACCAUAAACAAGUUGACAAUUGCAAAUCAGAAUUUGAAUAUUGUAAAUAAAAUAUGCACAGAUAAAAGAUCGAAACAAGUAUACAGAUUUAAUUGUAGUUGCAGUUGUAAUUGCAGUUUUGGGCACUGUGAUUCAGUGUGCUUAGAAAUGUACAGUACAGUCCUACGUAAAGCAAAUUUGUAUGUUCAGUUCAUUUCUUUUUGCCUAAUUUCUUCAACAUUUUUUUAGCUUCAAUUGUAAUGCAUAUUUUCCAGUUUUAAGAUUUGCUUGUGUUUUCCAAUUGAUCCUGGAUUUACAAGUCAAUCCCAGUUUAGUCUCUUUUAGUCUAUUGUAACUUUGUCAUUUCCUUGUUGUGACUUGUCCUUGGGGCCACUUUAAGCUUCUAGUUUUAUUCUCGUUUUUAUCAAGCCCCGUUUACAACUAGGUUUUUUGUGUUCCCAUUAUCAGUUACAUGUAUAAUUUCAUAUCCCAUCAUUGAAUUUAGAAAUGUACUGCUGCAAAUGGACCAGACAUUUGUUUUUAAACCUUUAGUUCUCACUCUCCUCUGUUCAUCGCUUAACAUAAUUUCUCUCUUGUUUUAGAUUAUUUUAAAUGUGUCCAUUGGGGCCCCCUUAUGCCAGAAGAUGAAAUGUUCCUGAAUAGACAGUCACCUUUAACACUGUAAUGUAAAACUUUUAGCAUUUGUUUUAUUUUGUAUGGGUGAAAUAAAGUCAAAUAAAGUUUUCCAGAUCUUU